AUGACCGCGGCGCUGGUUCAAACACAAAACAAACAAAACAACAUCGCCAUCAGCUAUAAUACCAUCAACCGUCCCAUCACCAUCAGCCACUUCAUCACCAACAACAAUCCUCAUACUCUCUCACACACACACAACCCAGCCACAAUGCAGCACGACGCAGCCAUGCACUCCAACGACGGCUUCAAGGUCUUCAUCAACAAGAUGAUCCGCCGCAACAGGAAGGAGGCCAAGAGGGGCAUGGAGAUCUCCGCCCCCUUCAACUUCCAAAAAUGCAACCUCGACAUCGCCGGCAUCAGCGCAGAUGAAAUCGCCAUGCUCAAGGAACAAGCAGUCGCCAGCCGUAUCGGCAUCGCCGACUUCGACUCCGACUACCCCAUUCGCCCGCUCUUCUCCAUUCAGCCCGUCAUGUCCAGUGCCUCCAUCUCGACCCUCCGCAGCUCCUACAGCAGCUGA